GCGGUGUUGAUGAUAUACCCGUUCAUCGGCCACUUCGGCUACCGCAUCACGGCCAAGCAGGCGAUCGUGCUGGCCUGCAUGGGCCUCAAGGGCACCUACAUCGUCUCCCUCGCCACGCUCUACCACAUCACGUACCAGGACAUCCACGACGAAGACCUAACUAAGUCGUUCAUGUACGUCACCUCGGACAUGGUCCUCACGCAGUUCAUAAACGCCUCCCUCGUUCCGUUCCUGCUCAAGAUGCUCGGCAUCCUCGACGUGUCCGAGGUGGAGUGGAACACGAUGAAGGACGCCGUGGCGUACCUGCAGGAAGCGGUGGACGUGGCGGUGCAUAUGAGCCGCCACAACCCGUACUUCCUGGCCGCCGACAAGACCUGGGUCAUGCGCAACACUCGCUUCCGGAACCCGCUCGACGUCGUGCCGCGAUACAAGGCAAGGCUCCCACCGGUCUGGCUUUGCCACCUCUUGACGCCUACUACUUAACUACAUCCCGGCCGCGACGUGUAGAGAACGUUGUGGGAAGCGCGCUUCU